AUGAAGUCCCUGCUCUUCAGCCGCUUCCUCCUGCUGCUGCCCUGGGUGCUCAUCGUCAUCAUCGUGCUGGACAUCGACAGCAGCCGGGCGCCGCUGCCCGCCCUGGCACCCCGCGGCGGCGGGGGUAGCGGGGGGGGCCGACCUGCGGCGGGGCGGCCGCCCUCCCCGCGGCGUCCCGAGGCGGUGCUGCCCACCAUCUAUGCCAUCACGCCCACCUACAGCCGCCCGGUGCAGAAGGCCGAACUCACCCGCCUGGCCAACACCUUCCGGCAGGUGGCGCGGCUCCACUGGAUCCUGGUGGAGGACGCGGCGGCGCGGAGCGAGCUGGUGAGCCGCUUCGUGGCGGCCGCCGGCCUGCCCUGCACUCACCUCCACGUCCCCACGCCCCGACGCUACAAGCGGCCGGGGCUGCCCCGCGCUACCGAGCAGCGCAACGCCGGCCUGGCCUGGCUGCGGCAGCGGCACCAGCACCUGCCGCCCCCCCAGCCCGGGGUGCUCUUCUUCGCCGACGACGACAACACCUACAGUCUGGAGCUCUUCCAGGAGAUGCGCACAACCCGCAAGGUCUCAGUGUGGCCUGUGGGACUGGUAGGAGGGCGGCGGUACGAGCGCCCGGUCGUGGAAAAUGGCAAAGUUGUUGGGUGGUACACUGGCUGGAGAGCUGACAGGCCCUUUGCUAUUGACAUGGCAGGAUUUGCUGUGAGUCUUCAGGUGAUUCUGUCGCAUCCAAAAGCCGUGUUCAAGCGCCGUGGGUCUCAGCCAGGAAUGCAAGAAUCUGAUUUUCUGAAGCAGAUAACAACAGUGGAGGAACUGGAACCAAAAGCAAACAACUGCACAAAGGUUCUUGUAUGGCACACACGAACAGAAAAAGUCAAUCUAGCUAAUGAGCCAAAAUACCACCUGGACACUGUCAAUAUUGAGGUAUGAUGUGGAGACUGUUACACGGGAUGUGCACUACUACAGAGGCAUCAGAAGGGGCUUCUCCUGGGUGAGACCUUUCACUGGUCACCUGACGGACUUCCCUGGAAACAAAAGGAAGCUGUCAAGUACUCUAAUAAGCAAAUCAAGUGGGUGUGGCUUUGUUCUAACUUGUUUGCAUGCAUUUCUGAACUCUAAUCUUAAUUAACUGACACCUACCUUUGUUUUAAGGCUGUUUCCACAUAGUGAAAACAAUCAACAGAAACGUGGCUGCAAUGGAGUAUUUUCAG